AAGCGGGUCCAAUCAUAGGAUCGAGUCAGAGGAACAUCUCAGCGCCCCACUGUAAGACACAUUCAGUCGGAAUGGAUUUAACUCCAUAACGUCUUCUGUAUGACCGGGGGACACAAACACGCAGUAUGGUCCGGGAAACCAGACAUUUAUGGGUGGGGAAUUUACCAGAAAAUGUACGAGAGGAAAAGAUUAUCGAGCACUUCAAACGAUAUGGACGUGUGGAGAGUGUCAAGGUCCUUCCAAAACGUGGAUCAGAGGGUGGAGUGGCAGCUUUUGUGGAUUUUGUGGACAUUAAGAGUGCUCAGAAAGCUCAUAAGUCUAUCAACAAGAUGGGGGACAGGGACCUACGCACUGAUUACAAUGAGCCAGGAACUAUCCCCAGUGCGGCUAGAGGCCUGGAUGAUAGCCUGUCCAUAGCCACUCAUGGGCGGGAUGUUUCAGGGUUCACAAGGGGGGCGGGGGGCCCAGUGUAUGGGCCUCCUGUGUCACUGCACAGCAGAGAGGGACGCUUUGAACGCAGACUAGACGGGGCUGCGGACAGUCGUGAGCGCUCUUACGAUCACAGUGCCUAUGGACACCAUGAGCGUUUCAGCAACAGCAGUAGUUUUGAUCGCCAACAUCACUAUGAGACCGAUUAUUACAGAGACUCUAGAGACCGGGCCCUCAGCGGAGCCAGUGGGAAUUCCAGUUCUGCCAGUGGCAGUAUUGGCGGAAGCUCAUCCGGGGCCAGUGUCGGGGGUGGAGGGAGUGUUGCGGGAAGCAGUGGUGCUGGUGGAAGCAGUAGCAACACGUCCGUAGUCGGAGGUGGAGGAUCGACACCAGGAGGCACUGUCUACUGUGGUUCACGAAGCCGGAGCCCUAGCCGUUUUGAGACCACAGAGACUCACUAUGAGCCCCGUGCCCGGGAAUCUUUUACACUGGCCAGUGUGGUCCAUCGGGAUUUAUAUAGAGAGAAGAGAGGCAGGCGAGGAGAAAGAACAUACCACCACAGUCGCAGUCGGUCGCCACACUCUUCACAUUCACACAAUCCCUCACCACAGAGGCUGGCGAGGCAGGCUGCGCGGCCGGCGCACUCCCGCAGUGGCUCGGGAUCCCAUAGUCGCUCCUCCAGCUCUGACUCAGUCAGCAGUACCAGCAGUAGUGGCAGUGGCAGCAGUGAUUCCAGCAGCAGCUCCAGUGAUCGAUCUCCAGCUCGAUCUGUUCAGUCAACAGCUGUACCUGCCUCUUCAGCCCAACCCCUGCCUUUACUGGAUAAAGAUGAACCUCGCAAAAGCUUUGGUAUCAAAGUGCAGAACCUUCCUGUGCGCUCUACAGAUACAAGCCUGAAGGAUGGUCUUUUCCACGAAUUUAAGAAGUAUGGCAAAGUGACAUCUGUUCAGAUCCAUGGUGCCUCUGAGGAACGAUAUGGAUUAGUGUUCUUCCGCCAGCAAGAGGACCAGGAAAAAGCUCUUAGUGCAUCUAAAGGAAAGCUGUUUUUUGGGAUGCAAAUUGAUGUCACUGCUUGGAAUGGCCCAGAAACCGAGAGUGAGAAUGAAUUUCGGCCUUUGGAUGAACGUAUAGAUGAAUUUCACCCCAAAGCUACAAGGACGUUAUUCAUAGGAAAUUUGGAGAAGACCACAACCUAUCAUGACCUGCUUAACAUAUUUCAGCGUUUUGGAGAGAUUGUUGAUAUCGAUAUAAAAAAGGUAAAUGGUUCCCCACAAUAUGCCUUUCUCCAGUAUUGUGACAUUGCAAGUGUCUGUAAAGCAAUUAAGAAAAUGGAUGGUGAAUACCUUGGCAACAACAGGUUAAAGCUUGGUUUUGGGAAGAGUAUGCCUACUACAUGUGUAUGGUUGGAUGGCUUGGCUUCCAAUAUUACAGAACAGUAUCUCACAAGACACUUUUGUCGUUAUGGACAUGUUGUAAAGGUUGUGUUUGACCGUCUGAAGGGAAUGGCCCUCAUUUUAUAUAAUAAUAUUGAGUAUGCGCAGACUGCUGUCAAGGAAACAAAGGGUUGGAAGAUUGGAGGAAGUAAAAUAAAGGUUGACUUUGCCAACCAGGAAAGCCAGAUAGCUUUUUACCAUUCAAUGCAGGCAUCUGGACAAGACAUAAGAGAUUUCUAUGAAAUAAUUUCUGAACGACGAGAUGAGCGCCGCCCGUCAUAUCAUGAGUUUACAGCUGAGAGGACGUACUAUGAGAAGGAGCCUGGAGUACGCACAUUCACAGAGGAUCCACGUCGAAAAUAUGCUGCCAGAGGUCGAGAGUUUUAUUCAGAAUGGGAUCCAUACCAGGGGGAUUACUAUGACCCGCGAUACUAUGAUGACCCCCGUGAAUACAGGGAUUAUCGAGACCCUUAUGAGCAGGACAUUCGGAAGUAUAGCUACUUGCAAAGAGAACGGGAAAGGGAAAGAGAGCGGUUUGAAACAGAUCGUGAACGAGACCAUGGUCGACGAACAAUUGAACAUAAUCAAAGUCCUUCCCAUCCACUCCACCCCGCUAGCCCUGCUGCCUCCCCGUCCCUUUCUGAACGUCCACACAGUGACUCUGAGCAUCAUGUUUACAGUCGUUCAUCUGAACGAAGUGGCAGCUGCAGCUCACUAUCUCCACCAUGCUUUGAAAAGCCAGAUAAAAUUAGUUUGGAGAGGUAUAAUAGGAGUGAUAAAUCAGAGAAAGACAAAUCACUCUUUGAAGCAGAGCAUGGAAAUGGAGAAAAAGAACGGCACUCUGGGUGUAAGGAGAAAGGAGGCAAGGACAAAACAGUGAAGCAAAAGUUGAGAAAAUUAAAACUUGCAUCCCCCACUGUUCCAUCAUCAGAGACGGACCUUGAACCAGACAGGGACACUAGCCCAGAGGUUAGCUUAACUCUGCGAGGGAAAGCCAACAUCAAACCAUUAAUCAAAGAAAAAGACUACUAUGGAAAAGGAAAACUUGAUCUUCCACCUUGUGUUGUGCAGCUGACAAGAGUAAAGGAGAAGGAAGGAAAGUUGAUAGACAGUAUCCUCUGUGAGAAACAAAAAACAAAGUUUGGGAGUGAUACUGUUCGAUCUCCAUCCACAUCUCCCUCAGCUGAUCACAAGAGUAUGCCUUUCCACAUAGACUUUAAGCAUGGAAAACCUCUCAAGGAGAAAGGCCUGUCUAGUCUGGUUGAGGUUGUCGAUAAAGAGGGCAAGUUGAAAAACAAAAAAUACUUCAAAACAGAUCUUGGAUUUGACACCACCUCUUCUGUGGAAUCAGACAGGUUGGCUGCACGGAAGAUGCGUUUUGAGGAAGUAUCUAGAAAGGCUGAAAAUUUAAGGAGUAGUCAGGAGGAAGAUGAAUGUAAAUUAAUGAAAAUAUGUGAUGAUCCUUUGCCAAAAGACUUUGAUUAUUCUAAAAAGUUUCUACGGAAAGAGACACUCAAGCGAGAUAUUUUUAAGCCAGAGAGGAUGGUUACUGCUAGUUCUACAAAAGAAAUGCUGGACACCGUUAUGUCAGUAGGCCUCAGUCUUGACCUUCAGGCUCGACUUGGAGACCCGACUGAGGAGGCAAUAGAUCCUUUAGAUGAUCUUGAUCAAAAAAUAGGUGCUUUUGGUGGAAAUAGUCAACCAAUUCUCAGUCUUGCAGUCUCUGAUGAUGGGAGCAUAGAAAUGGAAUCUUCAAGAGAGAAAGAACAGCAGUAUUUGGAUUACUUUGAUUUACUCCCUUCUAGGCAAGAAAUAGAUUCAGAAAGUAAGGAAAGGUUGCUCUCAGAUAUUGGUCACUCACAGAGAUGCAGAACACAAUUGGAGCAAAAUCGUCAGUUACAGCAACAACUGCUAGAGUGUGAUAAAUCUGAUAAAGCUGAAGGCACACCCAGCACUGAUGCAGAAGACUUUGAACGUCAAAAUUUUGUGCAUGAGGUUGGAAAACCACUCCAAGAUAUAACUGGUGAUUCACCAACCAGCAAGCGAAAGAAGUUAGGAGCAUUUGAAUUUGAUUUUGGCUCUAUUGGAGAGCUCAUUUACCAGAGGUUUAGACCGAUAAAUGAUGAAAAAGUUCCUGAAAAGAAACUUGUGUCUCUUCAAGGGACACCCUUUGCUGAGGAGGAGAGAAAUGCAUCACAGUUAAUUUUGGACAAAGAGCCUAAUUCCCCUGUGGCAAUGGAGACAAAUUGCUUGCUUUUUGAUGUCUCAAAAUACAAUAUUGGUAAAUCAGUGCAUCAAGGGCUUUCACCUCAUGCAGAAAUUUUGAAAGCAUCAGUGGCUGAAGAGGAGUUCUGUUGGGAGAGCAAUAUUAGGAAGAGUACAUUAAGAAGAGAAAUGAGCUUCCCCACCAACAUUGUUAAACAAAGUAUUCAAAAACGUCCUGAAUGUGAAUUGGAACCUGGAGAAGUUCAGUCAGACUGUGAUGAGGAUAGUGACAGCAGGCACCUUUCACUGAAUUCAAACCCCUUCAAGAGAGAGUAUGAGAGGCUUUCAGACGUAAAGUCCUCUGAGUCUCUUGAAAAGAACAAGUUCUAUGAAUUUGCAUUAGAUAAGACCAUAACACCAGACACCAAAGCCUUGCUCGAGCGUGCAAAGUCGCUAUCUUCAUCUAGAGAAGAAAAUUGGUCUUUCCUUGGUCAUGACUCCAAACUUAAGAGCUUUUGGAAUAGCACAGAAAAGGAGAAGUCUGAACCCACCCCAAGACCUAUUCCUUCUUGGUAUAUGAAAAAAAAGAAAAUUCGCUCUGAUUCUGAAGGGAAGCUUAAUGAUAAAAAAGAGGCCAAACCUGAGGAACAAGAACGACAAGAGCUCUUUGCUUCUCGUUUCCUUCAUAGCUCUAUCUUUGAACAGGACUCAAAACGACUUCAACACCUUGAACGCAAAAAUAAUUAUCCUGAAGUCGGAUUUGGUAGAGAUAUUAACACAUGUGAUUCCCAAGGAGAACAAGCUGGAGAUUGGGGAUCAGACCUCUCUCAAGAGCCAAGAGUACUUUUUCAUAGCCGCUUCAUAGAGCUUCAACAGCAAAAAGAUAAGAACCAACAGCUGCCCAUUUCAGGAGGAGCCAAUGUAACUGAUAAGAUGGAGGAAGAUAAGAAAUUGGAUGAAGAGCUUGGGUUGCCCCCCAUUCUAUCAGACAGUUCCCAAGAGAUGUUAGUUAGUCAUACUCCAACUACAGCAUCAUCAAUAUCUCUCUCUCAAGUCUUAGAAACUUCUUUGCAGCAUGGUAAGCCAGUUUUGCCCUCUACAUUAGUGAACACAGAUGGUCCAUCAGUCAUGGAUGAAAGGUCAGAAGAUAUUUCAUUAAUUUCUCCUCUAUUAAUUAGCCUGAAGGAGGAUAAUAAAGCUGUCCCAGUGAGUGUUACACCCCCUGAGCCUAUAAUAAUGGGAGAUAUAACUGUUGAAGAGCCUAAUGAAAAGCUGAGUGUGUCCAGAAGAACUGUAAACUUAACUGUGGAACAAGAUUUUAAUGUCAAACCUCUUACUCCUGGUGUAGCUUUAAGUAAUAUUGAACCAGAAUGUGAUCCUAUUCAGACUUCUCUAUUGUUUCCAAACCCCGAUCAAACUGAAGAGAUUGUGGAGCUUCAAGAAAAAAAUGCAGAACCUGUUAGUCCUUCUCUGCACAAGGUUGCAUCGCCAGUUGAGUUACCAGUUAUGGAACCUGAGAUUGAACAGUCACAGCCACCACGGAAACAACCAAAGAGUAAGAAGGCAAAAAUGGCACCAGCUCUAACCCUUCCCCCCCAAGUUUCUAAGGAGAAACAAGCUACACGGAAGAGUGAACGCAUUGACAGAGAAAAGCUGAAGAGAUCUUCACCCAGAGGAGAUUCCAGGAACUCUGCAAAAUCUCCUGUUCAUGCUACAGAUUCAGAGCCGAGCCAUGAAUCAAAUGCAAACCAUGGCAGAGCAAGGCAGCGACGAAAUGUGCGAUCUGUCUAUGCAAAACACCAUGAGGAUGAAGCUCCUCAACAAUUAGGAAAAGAUAUUGCACAACCUUCCCGUUCAUCCCGUAAGCGCGGAAGUGAUAAGGAAGCUGCAACACAGCAUGUUAUGAGGAGAGGUCGUCCACCCAAAACUCGUAAAAGAGGUGAUGAUGUGUCUCCAGUUAAGGGAGAUCAGCCUAAAAACUCUGAGGGUGAAGACCCUGAAAUUAAAGAGUCAACAUGCAGUGGUGAAGUCUCUGAAGUGUCAGAGGCUUGGCACUCUCCACCAUCUCAAAAGGUCCAAUCUUCACCUGUACAAACAGGACAGAUCAAAGAAACAUCAAAAUUUGACAAAUCAUCAGGUAGUCCAGGACCCAUUCAGUCAGACAGAGCAGAGGUUGAUUUGUCUGUUGCUUUAGAGCACAAAGCUGAAUCCAAAGAUGAAUCUUCAAUGCAAGUUGGACAAUUAACACAAGACACAAAACUACACACUAUAUCUAAACUGGAAAAGGAACUUACACAUUCUGUUGAGGAAAAAUCUACAGAUGAUAAUAUAGAAAUAGCCCCUAAAGAAAAAAUACAGACAUUAGAUAGGAAUGGUAAAAUCAAAGCAUCAAGGUCAACAGGAAACAUCAAAUCAAUGUCUGAUGAGAACACCGUCAACUUGAGAAACCUUGAUGAUCUUAAUGUAGAUGUAGUUAAAGAUGCCCUUCACUCAGGUGAUGAGGAAGCCAUAUGUUUUGAAGAGUCUAUGACAAAGACAAAAGUAAAAAAAGAGUCAAAUAUCUCAAUUUACCACAAAGAUGAAAGUGAUAAUAAUGAAGAGUCUCUAGCAGAAAUGGAGCCCCCUGCUGAUCCUGUGGCUGCCUUGCUUGCACACCAAAUGGAACUGGAAAGAGCAGUGGAGAAUAUUUCCAGACUUACAGAUGAGCGUCAUCCAGCACCUUACAAAGAACCACAUACUGAACCACCUACCUUAAUACCACCUGUUGUUGUACAACCUGCGGAUGAAACUGAGGUGCAAAAGCCUGCCAAUCCGGCAAGUGAAACUGAACUGGCUGCUGCAAUUGAUUCCAUUACUGCUGAGGAUAUAUCAGGUGAUGCAGAUAGAUUCUCUGCUCCAACUACAUACACAGCCCUCCUUCCUACAUCAGAGGCACUAGUUUUGCCUGUAGCAAAUGAGGUUAUUGAACCUGAGACUGACUUGUCUUUGAAACCUAUUAUACAGUCUGGAUCAGAUAAUGGUUUGGUUCCAGAUUCAAAGUCUUCUAAAACAAUUACCAUAGAUACUUCACUCACAGAAUCUUUAUCAUCAGAGGCCAAGAAAGGAGGAAAGGCACGACCAAAAACGCCAAAGAAAUCUAGAGGUUGGAAGGUUUCUAUCAACAGAAAAUUUGAAAUUUUUAAGGAUACAGUACUAAAGCCUGGGUCAACUACAGUCAAGCUUCCAGAGUCCAUACCAGAAGAGAUUCAAACUGCAAACCCUAAGGCAGCAACAUCUGCAGCAGCAGCAGCAGCAGCUGUAGUCACUGUUGCUGCUGCAUGCAAACAUGAAGCUACAUCUACAGUGACUCUAGACACACCAAAAGAGGCAGAGCAGCCUGCUGUUGACCAGCCUGAACCUCAGGAAUCUGCAUUCCACUCUGGGAAUAAUAGUCCUUCUUAUUUAAGGACACAACAUCCAUCUGUUGUUGAGUCAGUAGCACCUACACUUACCUCACCCACAACCUGUCUGAAUUCGCCUGUAUGCUCUUCUAAGACUUCUCUCACACCUGCUGAGUGGAACACCAGAACAGAAGAGAAAGGAAUGCCACCUAAACCAAAAGUUAGUGUGGCAUUGUCUACACUAGGAAUGGGGACACCCCCAGCAAAUCCUCCCAUGCCCCCUGACACAAAAGCCUCUGAUAUUGACCCUAGCACCAGUACACUGCGAAAGAUUCUCAUGGAGCCCAAGUUUGUGUCUGCCUCAAACACCAAUGCAGUUCCAAGAAUGCAGUUCACAACCACUUUAGCAGAUCCAAAUUCAAUUGAGACAGUGCUGCCUUUAAAAUGCUCUGUAGCUGAAGAUAGACCUAACCCUAUAACCCAAGUUGUACCCCAUACAACACCACCACAGCCAAAUCCUCUGAAACAAUGUGAGACUCAGCAGAUCUUAAAAGAGAAACUGGCUAUAACUUCCACUGCUACUUCAGUCAUUAGUCGGAUACCUAUGCCCUAUGAUUUUGAGGAUACUCCUCGCAUCUCUUUGAGCAACCGCAGUUCUGGAAUGCCCUUACCAAAGCAGAAGUAUCGUUUAGGCUUGAAUGAAAAUAGCAGGUAUCAUGGACUUCCACUGUCUGAUGAUGGAGGAAGUGUUGGACGGCCUGUUGUUGAAAGCACACAUUGUAACACAGGGUCAAGUACUGGUUUGAGAGUCAAUACAUCAGAAGGUGUGGUUGUAUUGAGUUAUUCUGGACAAAAGACACAGCCACAGCGGGUUAUUGCUAAAAUUAGUCCGAUCCCACCUGCCAGUGCAGUUGAUAUAGAGUUUCAACAGUCUGUAUCAAAAUCACAGAUAAAACAAGAACCACCAUCUCAGUCCUCUACUCCAAAAGGAUCGCAGACCCCUACAUCUUAUGGACACACAGGGGUAGUAUUAACUGGCCAGACCUUCAAUUCCCAGCCUGUUAUUUCCUCAAUUAGUCAGCAAAGUACUGGAUCUGAAAAAUGUGAACCCUCCUACUACACUGGUCAACAAGGAGGUUCUGUGAAAACCUUCCAACAGGCUGCAAGUAUUCCUCAACUUCUAAGGUAUGGUCCAUCAAUUACACAACAGCAACAUUUAAAAAAAAAUGGAGCAUCGGAGUCUGUUUCAAUGAAAGGUGAUAUAAAACCAUCACAGAACUUUAAUGUAAACACAGUUUUAAGUCCAAACCACCCCCCUUUAUCAGGUAAUCACAUUUCAUGUCCAGGUGUCGCACAUGAAAGAGUGGUCUUGCUACCCAAACAAGAUUCACAUUCACCAAGGGCAUCAGGCCAUUCACCUUCACCUUUUCCAAAAGUUGGCCCUUCAAGCAGCUCAGUUGUUUUGGGACCAGUUGGCCCUAGAUCUCAAUAUGUGUCAAAUAUACACCAUGCUGAGCAAUCAGUGAUCAUGCCCCCUCAUAGUGUUAACCAGCCUGUGCCCAUAGGUCAUUUGUCCCAAGGAGAUGUCAGAGUCAAUACCCCAUCAUUACCUACAAUAGGUUAUGGAAUGCAUUCAGAAAACCUUUUAUCACCACAGUCGGGAUCUCAGCAACGUUCCACUACUCCCCAACCUGCAGUAAUCAGAGAAGUGGUUCUUAAGUCACAUGCAGGUUCAUCUGUAGGUGCCCAGGUUGGUGAGACAAGCAGUGAUGAUAUGCACAAUCUUGCACAAGGACUUCGUAGGGCAUCUGUACCACAGUUACACCCAGAAAGCAUGGUAAUGCAGCCUGAAUACAAAGGUCUGCAUCACAGGGCUAUGCGACUAGAACAGUACAGCAGAGAUGUGCGGCUGCUUGUGCACCAGCAUUUGGCUGACCAUCCAGUUGUUGUUGAAAAUCGUCAAACUCGAACACCAGAGGCUAUGCAGUCUUCACACAUUUCAUCUGCUUCUUCUAAAGCCUAUCCUGUUGUAAAAAAUGCCCAGAUUGUUAGGGAUGCACCAAAAGCACUGGAGAUGAAGAUGCCCCCCUCCCCUCACUCAGACAGCAGGAUAAUGGGACACCUACCCAGCUCUGUGAUGGUAUCUCCUCAAGGAGGACAGUUGAUUCAUGCUGGAAAUGUAAAUUCUGUGUCUGAGUACUACAGAGAAAUAAGUGGCUUUCAUUCCCAAUAUCCAAGUCGUUCCGUAAUUGGGAUUAACCUGGCUAACCGUGAAAUUGCAGCAUCUCAGGUCUCUCAAGACAUUGACCAUGGUCAAAGACAUACGGUUCCUUCUGUCUCCUCCAUUGCUUCAGUGGGAGGUUUUGCUGAACCAAAACUUGACUGUUCACACAUUCGACAGCCAAGCUCCAUGGAUUUGUCUCACAUGUCCCGAGUCCAGGAUGAGACUGGCUCCCCUUCUUACACUUCUCCAGUGACUAUCACUCCCAAAUUGGAGUUGCCUCUCUCUGUACAGAAGGGACCUCAAGGACCUAUGACUAGCCAGAUGCUGCCUCCAUCCCUGGCCUCCUCUCAGAUGCGAUCAGACAUUAAACUGGAUCGCACAGGACUUCGGUCUGUUGAUAUGGUGCAGCUGUUAACGAAAUAUCCAAUUAUUUGGCAAGGUCACCUGGCACUUAAAAAUGACACUGCAGCUGUACAGCUGCACUUUGUGUCUGGUAACAAUGUUUUAGCUCAUCGUUCACUGCCAACGCCAGAAGCAGGUCCUUUUCUUCGCAUUGCCCAGAGAAUGCGCUUAGAGGCAUCACAACUUGAAGGAGUUUCCAGAAGGAUGACUGUUGAUGGGGAGUACUGCCUUCUGUUGGCAUUGCCUUGUGGAUUGGACCAAGAAGAUGUCCAUAACCAGACCCAUGCCCUCAAAACUGGCUUUAUCACUUACCUGCAAGCAAAACAAGCUGCUGGAAUUAUCAAUGUCCCAAACCCAGGCUCUAAUCAGCCAGCUUAUGUUGUCCAGAUUUUCCCUCCGUGUGAGUUUUCAGAGAGCCACUUGUCUCAUCUUGCUCCGGACCUUCUCAAUAGUAUCUCCAGUAUCUCUCCCCAUCUUAUGAUUGUUAUAGCUUCUGUAUGAGAGGGGGGGAUCCCAGCAUACAUACAGUAUGCCAACACCAGCCUUUGGGACUUGCCAGUUUCUACUAUGGAGAGUACCUCAAUCUUAGACAAGUUUCUUGUCUUUGGCCAUGUGCUCAUUCUCUUUUUGUUCUUUCACCAGCUUAUUAAUCCAUGACUCAUUGCCGCUUCCAUUCACCUUUCACAGUUGUAAAUGGAGCUACUUACAACGAUCAAUUCUCUGAUCAUUUUUUUUUAUCUUCUUUUGGAGAUUUGAAUCUAUGGUUUUUCAAACAUUGGAGAUUUUUUGGAUUAUUAGGACAUGGGGGGUAAAGAAACUUUUUUUUUUUUGUAUUGCUAUGAUAGUGAUUCCUUUUUCUGAAGAAAAAUAAACAGAUCAGUAAUUGCACUAUGUUAUAAAAAAUCUAAAAAGUUAAAAACAAGUUUGUACAAAUUUGGUUAUUGAAAUGAUACCUUUAAGUUAUUACUUGGACAUGCUUCAUUCACCAGCCAUUUUAUGGUAUAGACUAAAAAUGUUAUAUUGUCAAAGUAGUUCAUGGAAUUCCUUUGACAAAUUUUAUAUAAUUAAAAAAGAAAUAAUUAUGUAAUCUAAAGCAGCUACUGUUCAAUCAAGUAAACCAUUUAAUUCCAUGUCAUAUGUAGAAAUGGCUCUUGACCUAGCCCUUGUUUUCUCCCAACGGGACAAAAUAUGGGAGCAUUCUGAGUUGUACAGUUUAUACUUGAUGCCUCGAUAUUGGAUUGUAUGUAUACAUUAUUUGCUUUCCCCUAAAGAGAAUUAGGCCAGACUGUAAAUAUUUUGUAUAUUUAAAGACUUUCAAAGCAGUCAUAAGACACUGCACAUAACAAGUAUAACAAGAUGACAACCUGUUGCCAUCAACCAUGAAAGUGAAUUGUCAGUUACCGCUGGAGUAUAAUUUCAGUGUGUGUGUGUGUGUGUGUGUGUGUGUGUGUUUUAAACCAAUCCUGUGCCAUAUCUUUUCAUAUGGAUGAAAACUAAAUUAAUUGAGAUUCAUUAAAACUUUAUUUUGAUACUUGACUUUGUAUUUGUCACUUGAGCUGUAAGGCCUGCUUUUACAUUGCUUUAUGUAUUUUCUCCCCUACUUUUCUUUCUUUUCUUUUUUUUUAUUAUUGUCAUGUCAGAAAGUUAACAAAUUUUGUGGGUGUCUUAACUAAUGACAUUGACCUAAAGACCUCUAAAGUGUAUAAAUCAGAUUUUUACUGUUUCUUGUUUUUAUUUUUACAUACCUCUGAAUGUCCAACAAGAACUGUGCAAUGCAAGUGGUGAAAAUACUUUGUAAAGAGAGAGAAAAAAAUAUUAAAUAUUUUAAAAUCUGUCAGGAGACAAUUUUUUUUUUGUUUGUCUCAUUUCUUUAUUGAUGUCUCCUUGAGCCAAGCUGUAAAUAAUAAUUUUCAUAUUUGUGGUUUUCUCUUUGUAUUUUAUGACAGGGUCAUUAUUUUGUUUUGUGAAACAAAACAAGAAUAUGUCAAGAAAACCGAUGCAGAAAGUAAACCAUGAGUCUUAGUUUUGAAGUUUCAUAUGAUUGACUACAAAUGCUCUCAUGGUCAUUUUGGAGGCACUUACAUUUUUCAUAUAUAGAUUGAAAACAUCAAAAUGCCAAAAGAAAGAGCAAAAAAAAAAAAAAAACAGAUGAUCUUAAAAUUUUGUCUGAUUUUUCACAUUUCAUCAUUUUGAGUGUAUUUUGCUGUUCCUCUAUGAGGACAUUUUAAAAUGAAAAAUAAAUGUUGUUGGUUAACAACCCUGCAGAUCAUUAAAUGGUCAUUCACUA